UGUGGAAAAUGCUUCAAAACAUCAACUGGGCUAACAGUUCAUCAGAAAACACACACAGUAGAGAAGUCUUACUUCUGCUCUGACUGUGGAAAAUGCUUCAAAACAUCAUCUGAGCUAAAAGUUCAUCAGAGAACACAUACAGGAGAAAAGCCUUACUCCUGUUCUGACUGUGUAAAGAGUUUCUCUCGACUGGAUACCUUAAAAACACACCAACGUAUACAUACGGGAGAGAAGCCUUACUACUGCCCUGACUGUGGGGAGAGAUUCUCUCAAAAGACCAACUUAAAAGCACACCAACAAAUACAUACAGGAGAGAAGCCUUACUCCUGCUCUGAUUGUGGGAAGAGUUUCUCCCUAUCGGGUACCUUGAAAUCACAUGAACGUAUACAUACAGGAGAGAAGCCUUACUACUGCUCAGACUGUGGAAAAUGUUUCUCCCGAUCGGGUACCUUGAAAUCACAUGAACGUAUACAUACAGGAGAGAAGCCAUACUCCUGCUCUGAAUGUGUAAAAUGCUUCAAAACAUCGACUGAGCUAAAACUUCAUCAGAGAACACACACAGGAGAGAAGCAUUACUCCUGCUCUGACUGUGGAAAAUGCUUCAAAACAUCAACUGAGCUAAAACUUCAUCAGAGAACACACACAGGAGAGAAGCCUUACUACUGCUCUGACUGUGGGAAGCGUUUCUCUCACCAUAGCAACUUAAAAACACACCAACGUAUACAUUAAGGAGAAAAACCUCAUCAGUUCUCUGACCAGCUAAGAAUAAAGUCACUCCAUCACUUAAUUCUCAUCUCAUAAAAGAAGUUGAAAUGGAACAAAUUAAGAAAGUGUAGAAAACUGUACAGAGGAAAGGGAGCGUUCUAGAAUGUUAGCCUCUGUUUACUGAUCAGUGUGCACCUUGUCAGUUUUAGUGUGUUUUGUUUUGUUAGCUUCUACUGUAAAUAUUUGCCCUUAGUGUUGAAUACCCUCUGUGAGGCUUCUCAUUUUGAAAACUAACACUAGUCUGCCAAUUGACUGGGUGGUACUGCUUCCCUCUCAACCUGGUCUGACUCUGUCUGUGGGGAGAGUUUCAACUGGGCAGCUUAAAAACACACCAACGUUUACACGUAGGAGAGAAGCCUUACUCCUGCUCUGUGGAAGGGUGGGCGUGUAACUCAAACGUCUAGCCAAAGGAUGCGUCUUUGAAUCUCAUCACGGACGUCUUUAGCAUUUUAGCUAAUUAGCAACUUUGCAACUACUUACUACUUUUUAGCUAUUACUUAGCAUGUUAGCUUAG